AUGUCCGAUGUGUCGGACGCCAUGCCAACCUAUGUGCUCAGCUGGGGCGCGAACGAGACAGGUUCGUUGAAUCCUUGGAGAAAAGGCAAGUUCGAAGCUCUGCCAGGACAUGUCUUCGCAGGCUAUGACUACUCCUGUGUGAUUAGCAACACUGAGCGGCUGUUUGCCGCUGGGAACAACGAAGGCGGCAUGCUCCGAGAGGAGGACGAAGUCUCCCAAGCCCCGGGCCUUCCGCAGCCGGCAUCCUUUGUCGAGUUUGGGGCCAAGCUGGAAGAUUUAAGCCCAACCUCACCAGCAGCAGCGGAGACAGCGCCGCCACCAGAGCGGCAGACACCGCAGGAAGAACGGCCACGGCCAGUUGGAUUCAUCCGUGUUUUUGCGGAUGGAUCUUUCGAUCUAGUGACUCCCGAGAACCCGGAUGUGCCGCUGCCUCUGCAACAAACAGACAUGAACCGUUGCCUAUGCAUAGUGAAAAGCGCGGCGUAUGAGUUAGCGCGAGAUGAUGUUCCUCGCGUGGAAAGCACAGCGGGGCCAACCCCCGCCGACAGCAGCGGCGAAGCCCAGCCGCCAAUGGAAAGCACAGCGGCGGCAACCCCUGUCGUCAGCAGCGGCGAAGGUACCACCGAGCCGCAAGUGGAAUGCAUUGGGGCGACAGAGUCCGCCGCCGCCACUGGCGCAACCAACGCGGAGACGCCAAAUCCAGCGGACGAUUCCGCCCAAGCCAGCCAAGCACUAGCGGCUGACACAGCGGGAGAUGCUCCUGCAACAGCUGCAAGCGCGCCCAUGGAAGAUGCUGCAGGCAAUGCGGAGGCAAACUCCGCGGUGACAGGAAUGUCGACAGCGGCCAAUGCCGCAGCAUCGGAGCUCCAGAGCGGUUCCGCACGCGGACGUUCUAGGAAGCGAAGGAAGCGGCAACGCCAUAAGCGGCCAAAGAGCCCACGCACAGGUCGGGACAGGUCGGGCACGGGUCGGGCCGGGUCGGGCGCGGGUCGGGCCGGGUCGGGCGCGGGUCGGGCCGGGUCGGGCGCGGGUCGGGCCGGGUCGGGCGUGGGUCGGGACGGGAAUGGACCGCGAGACAUGAAGGAAAGGGACAUGUGGCCAGAGCAAGUGAUCGCAGAUCUCGACUGCAAAGGCCUUUGGGAAAAUAUUUCAAGAAGCUUACAGCAAGGUUGGGUCCUGACAACUGACUAUAGCGGGAUAGGUACUGCAGAAGAAGCAGCGAGAUGCCUUAGCAUAGCCGCAGCUUGCAAAGCUCAUGGCGAAGGAAGGGUUCAGUAUGCAGCCCGUGUGCUGUGCCAGAGGGCUGGAGACAAAGAAGCGGAUUGCCGCCAAAUGCUCCUGGAGCGAAAUCAUGCUUUGACGCAUGGGCCUGUGUGCGUCCAUGGGGAUAUCGGAGAGCGGUGCGAUCGCAAAAGAUGGGAAAAUUUGCAUCGGAGUCUUCAGCGCUUGCAAGCCUCAGAAGUGUUGAGGCUAGACACAGAUCCAGCGAAUUUCGCGAAGGAUUGUUUUGGCCAGGUCAUGAAGCAAGAUCUCGUCGGAGUAGCGGCACAUUGCUUUCGACACGGCAAGAUGUGCUCCGUAAGCAGAACCAGGAGCGGCACAGAUGCCGCAGAAUCCGAUAAAGAUGCUUUGAAUCUGCACGUAGCGGGAUUCAACUGCUUUGACUGGUCACUUAUGGGAGGUCGGAAAGGCUGGUUUGGACUGAGCACGCCUGCAUUUAUGCAAUGGUUAGCAGAGCGAAUGCAGUUUGACGAAGAUGAUUGCAUUUUGUGCGAAAACACGCCUGCCUUUGAUUUAAAGACGCUAGCGGAACUCACCGCUGAGAAGUGGCACAUGCAAGUGAUCCGCGUUUCUCCGACACUAUUUGGACUUCCUGUUGAGCGGAAACGCAUUUAUAUUCUGUUGCUACGCAAAGGCAAAUGGCGAUUCCAAGGCCUUGUUGCAAGUGCAAGCAGCCAGAAGCAAGCAGAUGAUGAAACCAAUUUUUUCUUGCUGCAGGAGCAAUUUGAUUCCAUCUUUCAGCGCAACAUCGUGAUGACAGCGGGAAGUCAAUUCCGAGCUCCGGAAACAUGCAAACAACAGCAUGUCGAGGUUCUUGCGGAAGCGCAGAAACUGCCUCCCACCACCGCGUCUGGCAAGCACUGGAAUUGUUAUCAAGCAGUUUCUGCCGCAGUGCGGUGCAAAAUAAAUGAACACAAGCAAGCAUUGCUUGAAAAGAGUGGCGAGACCUUGGAAGACAUGACAGAGCGGGAACGCCACCAAUGGACUGCGGACUUAUGUCAGCAUCCCCAAUACAUGGGGCCUUCAUGUGGCCACGUUCCAGCCUUGCUCCAACGAACCAACUUGUGGCUUUUUGGGCAGCGGCGACUUGCGCUGCCGAGUGAACACUUGGAAUGUCAGGGGUGGAACCUUUUUGGUGACCCUGCUUGUUUGUACAAAUCUCCAAUCACGCCUGAGCAGCUUCAAAACAUGAAGCCUGCACGGGUCAAAAGCUUUGCCGGGAACGGCAUGAUCGCAAUGCCUUUUAGCAAAUAUGAGCGGCUUACCAUGAGCGUCGCUGAUGCUGAGUCCCAAAGAAACGAAAAGCUGUUGGCGAUAGCGGCGCAGAAACCUUCUUUGCGUCAACAUAUCAUCUGCGGCGCAGAUGCCGCUUUGUGGCGGGAGCGGUCUAACAUGAGAUCCGCUGAUGCGGAGGCCUACCAGCAUGAACGCAAACUCAUGGCAUGCACAGUGCGAAAUAUGGACAGUGAUGCCAAGACUUUGGCCAAGCAAUUGCAAUGGCACGAAACAUUACGGGAUACAACGCAAUCCCUUUCUCGCGCAAACUUGCUGCGGCACCAAGGGUUGCCUAGCUGGAUCAUCCUUGAGGGGAUGAAGAUCGGAGAAGCGGUCCAGGAUCGCCAAAUUCCAGCAGUCCGCACCGCUGACGCCAUUAGGACACAGCAGGCAAAAGGUAACAAGGCAUCCGCUGCAGGAUCUGUGGCCACCUCCAGCACACAGAGCGGACAUGCGCAGAAUGCAAAGGAAGCGGUCUGUGGAUCGCAAUAG